UAUUGCUUUGCAUGAUUUAUGGUUUGACGCAAUAUGUCCGAAUGUCUCAUGCCAGGGAUUCUCAACCCGCACAGACACAGGCGAAGAUCCAUCAAGUUGUUCUGCACGUCAGGGGUCAAUGACAUCGGAAACUCUCUCUUUUACUGCAAAGAGGCAGUUCGACAUUUUGUGAAUGCACUCGCUACCGUUUGUCCCUACACCCGCAUCAAGGCGGACGAUGUUGUACUUGCAUGAGCUCAAUCGCUUGGCGGGAUCACGGGUUGAUGCCAACUUUGUGUCCGCUGGGUACAUGUCGGACAUGCACUCAUUCGUUCUCUUUCUGCCUGCACCGCUGUAUUUCCAUGCAUAUUUCCGUGGUCAUUCGAUGUUACAAUUGAUGUUACAUACCCAAUGCUGUCCUGUGAGCCAGAUAGAUGAAACCAUGUGGGCGUUAACAGUAAAGUACAUACAUAUAUAGGUAAAAUAGACAUGUGCUUGAGUAUUAUACAAUGGGAACGUCGUACAUGGACGAGAAGAAGUCAUCAAUAAAUUCGCU